UCUCGCUACACCGGCUCCGGGUUCAAUUCCUGGUCAACUAAUUUGAUUUCAGUCUGCUCACUCGCUUCAUAGCUCGAUAGCCGAUGAACUUAAGUUGAUGUUAACAAUAAGUUGAUCGGUUUUAAUUGGUUGCUCGCGUGAAGUCUUCAUCGAUUCGAAGGCAUCUUGGGUUCGGUUUCUAGUGGUUCCUGGACUAUGAUGUGUCUUUGAAAUCGUCGACACGAUGCUCCAGGGGAUCUCCAGGCCUGAGCAGGGGUUGCUGCCACCCCAUCACCAUCAGAGUCUCGGCCACCACUCGUUGGGCCCCACCACCCCCUGGCCCACGUCCCAGCCCGACGACCUCCCGCACAAAGGACUGAACUACAUCGCCGAGGGUCACAGCGGUGUGAACCAGCUAGGUGGGGUGUUUGUCAGUGGACGUCCCUUGCCCGACUCCACCCGCCAGAAGAUCGUGGAGCUCGCCCACUCCGGGGCUCGGCCCUGCGACAUCUCCCGCAUCCUGCAGGUCAGCAACGGCUGCGUCUCCAAGAUACUUGGCAGAUACUACGAGACCGGGUCCAUCAGGCCGCGAGCUAUCGGUGGGUCCAAGCCGCGGGUCGCCACGGCCGAGGUGGUCUCCAGGAUCUCCCAGUACAAGCGGGAGUGCCCGUCCAUCUUCGCCUGGGAGAUACGAGACCGGCUCCUCGCCGAGGCUGUCUGCACCAACGACAACAUCCCCUCGGUGUCGUCCAUCAACCGAGUGUUGCGGAACCUGGCGGCCCAGAAGGAGGUGCACGUCUCAUGUUCUGUCUCGCCGUCCACCGACUCUGUGUACGACAAGCUGCGGCUGCUCAACGGGCAGGCCUCCUCCUGGCCACGACCGAACCCAUGGUACCCCACUGCGGGAGGCAGCCCUUUCCCACCCCUUCAACCACCCAGUGUCAGCCCUUCCAUCAUGACCGAGCUGCCAGACCUGCCCAUAAAGAAAGCGUGCGAGGUUGACGGGGUGCCCAGCGACGAAACCUGUACCUCAGGAGGUGACAACUCCAACCCCGGGUCCUGCGCUGGCGAUGAAGACCAGGCGAGGCUCAGGCUGAAGAGGAAGCUCCAGAGGAACCGCACGUCCUUCACCAACGAGCAGAUAGACAGCCUCGAGAAAGAGUUCGAGAGGACGCACUACCCGGAUGUGUUCGCCAGGGAGAGGCUGGCCGCCAAGAUCGGACUUCCUGAAGCCAGGAUACAGGUGUGGUUCUCCAACCGCAGAGCCAAGUGGCGGCGAGAGGAGAAACUGCGGAACCAGCGUCGUGGCGCCGAGCCUUCCGCCCCCGGGGAACUGGACCGGGCGUCGCCCUCGCGGCUGGGCACCUUCAACAACUCCAUGUACCCCGCACUGCCUACCCCCAUCUCCAUGGCCGACACCUCCUACAGUCCGAUGCCCUCGAUGCCCAACUUCAGCAUGGGCGGUCAGCACGUGAGCCAGUCUCUGAGUUCUCCAGGACCUGCAGCUUGUCUGCAGCAGAGAGACUCCUACCCAUGCAUGGCACGCUACGAGCCUCUGAGUCUCCAGGGCUACGGUCCGCCCAAACACUCGCCCUGCAGUCCCUCCCAGGGGUACCAGACUCAUCAGUACCCGCCCAACACCUCCAGCUCCACAGGUUUGAUCUCGCCAGGUGUGAGCGUGCCGAUCGCCGUGCCGGGCCAGGACAUGUCUGCACAGUACUGGCCACGACUACAGUGACCCUGGUGGACAUAGACCUGACACGACAUGCGACUCUACUUUGUGAUAACUAACUCAUAACCCAGCCUUCAACUCCGGGGCUGUGUCUUUCGUUUCACGAUUCUGUACCUUAAACUGCUGAGAAAAGUGUGUCGGUAUCGUUCUUUGUUCGAGAUAAUACUUAUCCGAUUACUCUCUUCCAUGUUCGGCCCAACUAUUAAAUAAACCCAUAUUAUUACUCUAUGUUAUUUUAAAUUUUAAAAUAUUUACAUACACUGGCUGGAUUGUAUAUGGUUUAUUUAUAGUUGUUUGCCUCUUUCGAAAAUAUUACCUGAACAUAUAGUAAAUUUUACACAAUAUUUAAAACAUGUUUAACUUGAUAAGCUAAUUUUAGAUGUAUUUUUUACAAAACCUUUCUCCUAAUUAAAAAAAUAUGUUUGGGUUUUGGUAUUAUCGCUAGUCUCUUUGCGUAGAAAGUUCUCUUGUGUCUCCAACCAACCAUCAGUCAAAAUAGCGUUGUAAUAUUUAGUUCUGUUCAAUUUUUACUGAGAAUAAUAAAUUAUCUGCUAUAGAAAACUAGAAUAUAGUUUCAUUAAUAAUACAACAUGGUACCGUCUCUCCUGUCAGUAUUGAAUAUUUAUUAAAAUUUGUACAAUCUCUUUUCUGGGUUUGUGGUAAAACGCUAAGCUAAAAUCUUAAUUUAAGCUAUCUUUUACUGUAAUACCGAUUGGCCAGAAAAAACUUUAUACAACUUUUUUAUUGAGUUGAAAUUUAUUCUAUUUAUCCGUAUUAACUUUUGUUAAAAGUGAUAUAGGCUAUAGUUAUAAUGUGAAGGUUCAGUAUUUUUACAUACUUAAAUUUAGUAAAUAAAAAUGCAUGCAAUCAUUUGUAUAUUUGUAAUAAUUUUAUCAGUCCAAAUUGUAAACAAUUAGUUUUACUCAAAUUUGUAAAUUUGGACUUUUAUUGCAGAAGUGACAAUUUUGUUAAUUACUAUUUGUAACUAAUAAUGUAGUAUAAUUUAAACAUUAAUCAAAUUUAAAACACAAUUUGAUGUAGUACAUUUAUUAUUAUUUCUAGGUUGAUUUAGUUGGUUUAAUAAUAUAAAGUUACAAAGAAAUUACUUUUUUCUUUUAACCGUUCAAUAGCAGAUCUGUACAACUAGUUUCUCGCAGUUGCGUUGCAUUUAUUAUUUAAAAUUCAAGCCUUGAAUAAACAAAAAGAGUGUAGUGUAAUAAUGAAAGUUAAAGCCUUGUUUAUUUGCUUUCUGAAUUGGGUCCGGUAUUUAAUAGAAACUAAUACCUUUAAAACAAUUAUAUUACUCUUCACAGUCAAAAGACAUUUAUUUUUCGUAACCAGAAACAUCAAUUUUACCAUAAUAAUGAAGAGCUAUAAUAAUUAUAUGGCAAUUAAAUAAUACUAAUGUUGACUUGUUUAGAUCACCCUACUUUUCCUGUCUCUAGACAAAGCACAAAACGUUACGAUCUGUAUGUUUUCCAUUCAAACCUUUCAAACCACCUUCUAAUGCAAUUAUUUUGAAUUAUAUUUACCAUGUAGAUUGUAAUAAUCAUUUUGCUGUACAGCAAUGUCGAAAAAUAACGACGUAUUUGCUAUUCUUUAAUAUUUACUUAUGCACAAGAAGUGAUUUUUUUCAACCGAAUAUUAUGAUGCUUUGUACAUAGACACCUGAAAGCCACAUUACCUGAUGAUGCUGCGCUAGUAUUUCAUUGUUGCCGAUUUCAAUAAUAUUUUUCUACCGUUUGGGGAAAGGAAACAAUUUAUUUGUAUAUAUUGUAUACUUAUUUAUUUCACGUAAGAUAUAUUUUAGCAUGGAUACAUGUCGCGAAUAGAACAAACCUUAAUUUUAUUAUUUAGAUAUUAGCCUACUUUGUUCGGAUUGGAAAGCUUUAUUUUUUCAAUUUGAAAGAGUCUACCAAGUGCAUUAUUUAAGUGACGUAUACGGUUUCUUACGCGAGCUGAAAUGUCUAUAAUCACCACUUAUUGUGGCGCGGAUAUUGCAACGUCAGUUUAACUCUCAGCAUUACUACUGUAAGAUCCCUCCUGUUUAAGACUUUAGUAUAACUGUGUUAUUAUUAAUUAAGCUGUAAAGUGCAUGUAUGUAAUUAUUUAUAUUUAAAAUGACACAUUGGUUAUUUUAAUAACGUGGCUAUUAAUUUAAGAGCUCUGUCUAAAGUACAAAUUAAUAGAAACUUUAAGGCCUAGACGAUUGUGUUUGUAAAAAUUCCCUGUCCAGUGGAAUAGUUUAUAUGUUUACACAACUUGAAUGGAGUUUUCCUGUUUAAUUUUUGUAUUGUCAGAUGAAACCAGUUAUGACAUAAAACGUAAAAGACACACGUUUACUUAAGGGAGUCUAGCUCACUGUUGAGCUACUUACGUAUAAUUCUAAUAAACUUUCAUUCUAUAUGUACUCCAAAUCUUGACAUUUUCCUAGAUUUGCACGUUUCAAGUUUAAAAUACAUUAGAUUUCCCAUACGAAACCUACCUAUUAUUACAUUAUAAUUUCAUACUUAUAAGACUGUCCAAGGAUAAUGUGGAAAGAUUAGAUAAUGUUAGUGAUUUUGAUUUGUCAAAGCUACAUACACAUUUCAAUUGUAUUCACGAAUAGAGAAACAAACCACUUUCUAACAUAGUCGACUGAUCUAUUGUAUAGGCGGCUUAUACAAUAGUCUCUAUACACCACCACAAUGUAUUGUAUAAGCACUGCAAUAUGUACAUAUUGUAUCUGUGUAGCAUGUACGGUACUGUAUAGCGUAGUUAUAACUCGUUCUGUAACUUCAUUGUUGAAUUGUUUUUAAGUUUGUGUGUAUGUAAUAGUAAAGUAAUUUCUAAUA